UUCUGCAGUAUGGCUCGCCGACUCUGCCGUCUCCCUCGCCUCUUUCCCCUCGUCUCGUCUGCAUCCGCCUCCGCCGCCCCAAGACCUCAUCACCUCCCCUUCGCCGUGAACCCUAACCCCGCGCCCCUCGCCCCCUCCUUCUCGUCGUCAUCGCCGCCCGCUUUUCCGGGCCCCCAUCGCCUCUUCUCUUCCACGAGUGGUUCAAGCAUGGUGGUCGUGGGCUCCGCGGACUCCUUCAACAGCAUCUUUUCCAAGGUGCAAGAUGAAAAGCUACCAGCUGUCUUUUACUACACGGCGGUGUGGUGUGGACCAUGUAGGGCGAUCGCACCUUUAGUAUCAAAGCUGAGCAGCCAGUAUCCCAAGAUACCGGUGUACAAAGUUGACAUUGAAUUGGAAGGACUGGGAAACAAACUCCGUGAUCUAAACAUAUGUUCAGUGCCGACGUUCCACUUCUAUCACAAGGGGCAGAGAAUUAGUGAAAUCGUGGGUGCUGAUGCAAAGAAAAUUGAAGCUACCAUGGAAAGUCUCCACAAGCAGCAGUAGAAGUUUCAGAGCAGAGCCUCAACCUCACACCAAUGGAAUGGUUUAAUCUACCUCGCAUGAGAAGUGUUGCGCACUUUUGGAUUCGUGUUUUUCUUUACGUGUCACACCGUGUGAACGCCAGCGUUUCGUCAUCAGAUGCUUGUGAUUCGUGCCGGCUUGUUUCAUGUGAAGACAUCAGAUGCUUGUGUUUCGUGCCGGCUUGUUUUGAGUUUUGGGUCUUGAGCUUCGGCGACUCUGUCCAGAGCUGCGGAUGUUUCUCAUGCUUGGAAUGAGUGAGAUGGGUUGAAAAUGGCCACCC